GAGAAAUGCCUUAAACAAGGAGGUAUUCGAUUCGGUUAUACAUAGACAUAAAUUCUCUCAGGUAAUAUUUACACAGAAUGGUGAAACUCACAGUGUCACUCAUAUCACAAAGGGCUUCCCAAAACAGACUGGGCCGCAAAGGCGAAAAGAAAGACGAUGUCACCGCACUUGACUCGGUCACCCACAUCAAACUACACGAUAGCUUUAUACACGAAAUUGGUGAUAUAUCACAGUGUCUCAACCUUACAGUGUUAUAUUUGCACAAUAACUGUAUAGAAAGGAUAGACAACCUUCAGCAUGCCAGCAAUCUGACCCACCUGUACCUUCAGAAGAACAGGAUAGCGAAGAUGGAAAACCUUAGUGGUCUUCAAAAGCUACGGAAACUGUAUCUCGGUCAAAAUUAUAUAACCGUCCUGGAAGGCUUAGAACGCCUCACAAAACUCGAGGAACUACACAUUGAAAAACAGAAUAUGCCGCCUGGGGAAGCGUUGUAUUUUGACCCAAGAACAAUAUCAUCUCUUUCUGCGUGCCUGAGACUCCUGAACACGGCCGGGAACGGCCUGGCCUCCAUCGGCGACCUGGCCGCGCUGGGCCAGCUGCGGUCCCUCUGCGCCCAGGACAACUGCCUGGACGACAUCUGCGACAUCUGCGACACGCUCAAGCAGUGGCCCUUCAUCACGAGCAUCGCCGUCCAGGGCAACCCGGUCGCCAAGCAGAGAAAGUACAAGGAGAACAUCAUAGUCAGCUCUCCACCUAGCUUGGUGUGCAUAGACGGGAAGGACGUGACGGAGACCACGCGCACCUUCCUCAAGAGGCUGGAGCGCCGCAAGGCCAGCAGGCCCGCCGCCAGGGACCCGUGUGGGCCGCGGGAAGCCGCCGUGGCCAGCAGCCUGGCAGGCCUGGCGAAACAACUGCCUGUCGGAGUGCGACACUCCCUCGCGCAGGCUGGGCUGACGAGCUCUGGGGUGCUGGGGAGUUUCCCUCCCAACAUGGCCGCCGUCUCGACCAGCAAGCGGAGCGCACGUAAGUCGAGAUUCUCCUCUCCUGACAAGUUGUGGUCCAUUCCGCAAGUGAACAGAGCCGGCGGCAGCAGCAUCGUUUGGCAAGCUGACAGUAAGAAGACCAUCAAAACACCUAGGCCCUUCCUACGUCACACACAAGUUGGCCGAGGUGAUACAGGAAAUCAGCAGCUACAUUCAAAAGACACACCCGAUUUGCUUCAUUUGUAAUUAUUCAAUCAAAUCGCUAUGAAAAGUUAAAACAUUAGCAAAGGAUAAGAUAUCAAAAUUUAUCACCCAGUCAGACCAUCAAGAAUGUACGUAGUCUUUAAAUCAUAAUGGUUGAUAUUCUUGUGAUUUUUAUGAAAAUAAAAUAUUUUUACUAGCCAAUGCCAAAGUAUUCAUUAUAGGUAUCUUAUAUGUAUCAUAUUGUUCAUGUAUCUUAUAUGUAUCAUAUUGUUCAUGAAGAGUGGACUUGCUGUGUAAAGUGUGAA